AUGACACCCGGGACAACAUCACUGGUGUCACCAAUAUCAACAAAUUCAUAGAGAUCAUGGAAUAUCACGUUCCCCUUGCUCUUCUUAUUAACAAGUGUCUAACACCAAUUUGGUAUUUAGUAGGUGGUAUUGGGAAUAUUGUUUCAGCAAGGAUUUGGUUUCAUCCCAGGAUGAAGGCAUCUAAUAUAUCAGCUAAUUAUCUGGCAGCUCUAGCUAUAGCAGAUUUUAUAUAUCUAUUUCUACAUGUGUUUUAUGAGUUAGAAAAUCCUUGGUUAAUGGGAACCUUGGAUUUACCUAUUUGGUGUGAACUGUGGAACAUGCUUUAUAUGUCCAUUCAAUAUUUAUGUGUGUUACUUGUUUUGGCAUUUACGACCGAAAGAUUUUUAUCAGUGUGUCAUCCGUUUAAAUCCGAACGUUUCAGUCGCAAAACCAGAUCAACAAGGGUAAUCGUUUUAUUUUUUAUCGUUGCCUUAUUAUUUGGAUCCCCGCAGGCGUAUUUCUGGCAGGUAUCAGAAACCGAGAGUGUGUGCUUUGUAAGAUAUUCCAUAAGUGGUGCUGGGGGUUCUUUUUAUACCAUCUAUACCUGGGGAUCGGAAAUGAUAAUGUUUGGAGUAAUCCCCCUUGUAGUCCUGUCACUCAAUAUUUGUGUUUUACUCCGAAUAAAAACGGCUGGACAACUGAACAUCAGAGAAGCACGGACGAACCAACCUGGACAUGCAUCAGUUACAACAACGAUAACAUUAUUGUGUGUUUCUUUUUAUUUAAUAGUGACAACAUUACCCGUGACGAUUACAUUCGCCAUUCAGAACAAUAUAGUGUUAGGGCCGCCUAUGCCUAUAUCACAGAUGGGUGAUGAUCCUGUGUGGACAGCAUAUUUUAAUUAUUAUUCCGCGAGGACCAUUAUUAAAGAAAUCUGCAUGUCCCACCAUGUGUCAAAUCUCUUUAUUUAUUAUGCGACAAGUAAAUCGUUUCGUAAACGUAUCAAAGAAUGUCUUCUUUGCUCUUCUAAAUACAAGGAGGGCGAAAAUCGACAGUACCCGUCUUUACUACUUCAGACUAAAGUCCAAGCGACGAACCAAUAAGUAUAGCGAAAUA